AUGACAGAUGGCAGGAAGAAGAAGCCCAGGCCAGGACACUGCAGCAAAUUACCGAAAGCUGCUUCGAGCAGACUUAGAUUCGAGACAGCCGAGCUUGGGCUUGGACCGGGAAGGAUAUCUGCGUGCCCCCUUCUAGAAAAGAAGGAAUGUCUUCUUCUAGAGCUUCAGCUUCUCUCUUCCUUUCCAGUUCAGGAAAAGAGAGAACGGUUUCGUCUCGUCGAUUGCUGGUCGGAUCGGAAGAAGUUCAGUUUAGAAUCUUAUUCUAAUCUGCUAGCAGGUGAGAGAAGACGUGAUAUAAUGCAAAAGAAAGGCCUUCCCAGCCUGUACAGAAACAUAACUUUAACGAAUGAAGUGAGCUCGAAUUAA